AUGACAUUUGACUUGGGAAAAAUCGCAAGGUCCUUGGGACCAUUGAUCAUUACGAUACAAUUCAUCGUAGUAGUUUUUCUUUAUAACCGUGCACGUCCAUUUCCGUCACCACCUAAACAAGAGACCUCAGGUCUCACCAAUUUACCAAUAUGGGAGGCCGUUCCCGAUGACUCUUUAUACAAAAGUACAGCAGCAAAUUUGACAGAAAUAAUUGCAGCUAUCAUUGUAGGAAUCGCAACUCUGGCAUGCAUAUUUAUCAAACUCUCAAACAGAACGAUCAAUACCAAUCCACCAACCGAUGAUAACGUCUGGACGAUGUACCUGUUCAACACUAUCAUUUCUGUUUACGUUUAUGUCACAUUUCUAGCUGUUCUUGCUGGGGCAAUCCUCAGUGUUGGAAAAUUAUGGUCUGCCAUUGGAAUCUACCAUAACAUCAUGGAACUUUGCAUUGUGGCAGCGUUACUACACAAAUCAAACUUCAGUUACAUUUCUGGCCUCAUCACCAUAGUAAUAUAUUCAGUGACUGUUUCUAUGGCUACAAGUCAAUUAGAUUGGUAUUGGGAUGAUAUUUUCUUUAAGUUCCAAGGAAAGUUCAUAUAUGUCUUGUGCAGAUUGAUCUUUGACUACUCCCUUCCAAUCCUCUUCUACAUUUCCAUGAAACAAUCAAAUUCUAAACCCACACAAGCUCCCGUUGGGGAAGGUUCUCCACUCUUAGGAGGUUCCUCUGGUGAUGAUAUUCCAUAUAAAGGAACAUUGCUAACUGUUUCCUCCUUAAUACAUCUCAUUGGAAACAUAUCUAAUGUGGUUGGAAAUAAUUCGACCGUAUCGUUAAUCAUAUUCAACGGUUCAUACUUUUUCGCAUUUCCGUUAUACGCACUUUACGUUCAUAAGGCGCAGAAACACCGUAAUACCCGCGUUG